AUGCGGGUCGUCUUUGACGCGUCAUCGCAUUCUGGCUCUUGUACAUCUCUCAAUGACCCCAUAGAAAAGGGGCCAAAGGUGCAACCAGACUUGUUGGACGUAUUGAUCCGCUUCAGAAUGCACUCAAUUGAAAUUACUGCGGACAUAGAAAAGGCUUUUCUGCAGAUCAGCGUUGACGAACGCGACAGGGAUGCCUUGCGUUUCUUAUGGUUUGACAAUGUGCCGCAGCGGAAGAACUUAACCCUCAGUACGAACAUUGUGGAAUGGCGGAUGCAGCGUGUACCUUUCGGCACAUCGGCUACUCCAUUCCUGCUCGCGGCAACGCUACUCUAUCAUUUCAACUGCGUCACCGGUGGUCUGCAGAAGACGGCUGAGGUCCUGGCCUCAUCAUUCUAUGUUGACGACCUUCUGACCGGAGCAGCGGACGUCGAGUCAGCAAUUAAGCUCUACAAGGAAGCAAACGACAUCACAGAGAAAGCGAAAAUGCGCCUAUGCAAGUGGGCUUCUAACUGUGCAACUCUUCAAGACGUUUUUGCUCCAGAGGAGAGGGUUGUCCCGAACAGUGACUGCAAAACGACAAAGGUGCUUGGGGCGGUGUGGGACAAAAGCGAGGAUACACUUUCGUGUAGUUUAGACUCAAUCCUCAACUACGUCGAUCGCCUCACAGGCACCAAACGCAACGUACUGCAAGCUGCAGCCAGGAUUUACGACCCUCUCGGCUUCCUUAACCCGUUCACCGUGCGAGCAAAAAUGCUGUUCCAGGCUUUGUGGAUUGAGGAGAAUCAGUGGGAUUCACCUCUGUCAGAAGACAAGCAAAAACUGUGGAACGAAUGGUGCAACGAAAUUCCGGAACUGACAAAGGUCAGCGUGGACCGUUGCUUCCUGCCAAGCGGUCACAGAAAUCCCCAACUCCACAUAUUUUGUGACGCAAGUCCCAAGGGCUACGGGGCUGUAGCGUAUCUUCGAGUUGAGAACAAAGACGGAACUGUAACAUCAACAAUUGUUCUCUCUAAAUCUCGAGUAGCCCCCCCUUAA